GGGGGAGGGGCGCGCGCGGCGCUCCGCCCACGCCGCGUGGGAACCGGCGCGGCGCGGCUUGGAGCUCGCCCGCGAGAGGCUGCGCAGUGCAUGGGACCACUGGGCCGAGGCGGCUCACCUGGCCGCGGAGGACGCGCGCCGCCAGGCCAUGGAGAGCCUGCCCACGGCCCUGGUCGCCGCGGUGACCGCUAACGAGACGCAGGACGCGCUGCAAGCGCUCGGCGGAUGGGGCCAGGAGGCCGUGACACACCUGACGACUUGGGCUCAGCGCCGCCUCAUGCAGGCGGUGCGCAGCAUCAGCCAUCCCCUACAGGGCGUCUAUGAGCUGCAGCCACACGAGCACCGGCUGUCGGCGUGGGUGCCGCUGGACGUGUCGACGGGCGCGCUGGCGCUGCGCGAUGCCGCGCUGAGCAGCGACACGGCGCGGUGGCUGCGCUCGCUGAGCCCCAGCGCCGAGCUCUACCGCCUCAAGCAUGAGCUGCUGGGGCAGCCGGCGCACGCCCAGGCAAUGCUGCUGAGCGGCGGGCGCCGCGUGCUGCAGUUCGACGGCCGCUGGCUGGCGCUGCCCGCGGGCUGCGCCGUCCUUCUGGCGCAGGACGUGCGCCCCGACGCCACGUUUCGCGUGGCGCUCGCGCCCAGACCCCCCCUCCCCGGGGACCCCUCGGAGGACCCCUCCCUGCUGGUGACCAUGGGCCCCGUCACCCUGCUCAUCCACGCCAACGGCACGGUGCUGGAGGGUUGCCGCGUGCUGGAUCUGCCGGCGCGCCGAGCCGGUGGCGCGGUGCUGGUGCGGCGCUCGGCGGGGGCGGUGGAGGUGUCGGGGCCGCGGGGAGCCACGUUGCGCUGCGACACGGAGAGCCGCGUGUGUAGCCUCACGCUCGCCUACUGGGACCACGCGCGUUCGGUUGGGUUGUUCGGCACCAAUAACCUGGAGCCGGCGGACGAGUGGACGACGCCGCAGGGCGAGCCGGCGGCCAGCUCCGAUGCGCUGGCGCUCAGCUGGCAGGUGGGAGGGCGGUGUGAGCCAGUGGAGGAGCGGCCUCUCUGCCCGAGUCGCCUCUGCCAGGAGCUCUUCCUCGACUCCUCCUCCUCCCUGGGCAGCUGCUUCCGCGUGGUGGACCCGGCGCCGUUCCUGUCGGCGUGCGAGGAGGACGCGUGCCGCGAGCCGGGGCCACGCGCCGCAUGCAGCCUGGCGGCCGCCUACGUCGCGCGGUGCAGCCAUCAGCACGUGCCGCUCGUCACGCCCGCCACGUGCGCGACCCCAGCGAACGAUGCGAGGCUGCGGCGGGCGCCGUCGGGCCAGGAAGAGGCGGCGGCAGCGGCGCCGUGCGAGGGCGACCAUGCCGCCACCGUGGUGCUCGUGCCGGAUGAGCGGCCGUGCCAGCAGCUCGGCGGCUCCCCCUGCGGCAUCCGCGCCGCCUGAUGGCUCUCCUCGCCACCGUUUACACGGAGCACGGGGGGCCCACCACUGCCUUGUGCCCCCCUGCCCCAGCAGCCAUGCCCUCGCUUGGCUCGAGGAUUGCUGUGUUCGUGGAACGUGGCCUCGCUCAUCCCCGAGCGCCGAGAGCCCUGCCGCCUGGCUUCCCUGCCCCCGAUUUUCAUCCCUCUUAAUCCCUGCCCCUAAUUGCUAUGCCCCAGAAUUCCCUGCCUCUGGGUUUUCUGCCCCUGAUUUUUAGGGGUGCCGCAGUGGCGAGAUUUUAACUACCUCGCCUGGUAUGCACGAAGGGCGUGGGAUCGACCACGACCCUGACGCCUGCUGUAUAUUUAGGAGUCUGCGUCUCUCUCUCUCUCU